UAUCUCUCUACAUUUUUCACAACCGAACAUCAGUGCACUUACGAAUUCUCGCCAAUGGAGCUGUCGUCCUGCAGCCCCGCUGUCCUGUCUUUGCUCUUCUUUGGUUUGGUCUCUUAUCCUCUUCAUUCCAAGAAGUAAGAAGGGAUUAUCAUCUUGGAAUCCCUAUUUUUCUUCAUCAAUUGGAUCAGAGGUGCAGGAUUGGAAGUAAUAGAUGGAAACUGGAUUUGUGUAUCUUGUAGGGACUAAUAAAGUUAUCAAUUCAGGAGUUUUCUGGAGUUCUCAAUUAUCUGGCUACAACGGUUGUCUGAAAUAUCGUUCAACUCGUCCAUUGACUGUUUUCAAAACUCAGGUUGCUAGGAGUGCUAUGAAAUCUUAUCGGCUCUCAGAGCUUAGCCAUGCUGAGGUUCAUGGCCUUAAGGGCCGUCCUCGCAUUGAUUUCUCGUCCAUUUUUAGCACAGUGAAGCCAAUAGUGGAUGAUGUGCACUGCAAAGGUGAUGCUGCAGUUAUAGAUUACACACGAAGGUUUGACAAAGUUGAUUUGGAGAACAUUGUUAAACUUGUUUCUGACCUUCCAGAUCCAGAGCUUGAUCCUGUUGUCAGGGAAGCAUUCGAUGUAGCCUAUUCCAAUAUAUAUGCUUUCCAUGAUGCCCAAAAGGUUCCUGAGAGGACUACUGAGAAUAUGAGAGGCGUCAGAUGCAAAAGAAUAGCAAGGUGCAUUACUUCAGUGGGCCUUUAUGUUCCUGGGGGGACUGCUGUCUUGCCUUCAACUGCUUUGAUGCUUUCGGUGCCUGCACAGAUUGCUGGCUGCAAAACAAUUGUGCUUGCCACUCCCCCUGGUCGUGAUGGUAGUAUUUGCAAGGAGGUACUUUAUUGCGCUAAGAAAUCUGGUGUCACACAUAUUCUAAAAGCUGGUGGAGCUCAGGCAAUUGCAGCCAUGGCUUGGGGAACUGCAUCUUGUCCUAAGGUGGAAAAAAUUUUUGGGCCAGGAAAUCAAUAUGUUACAGCAGCAAAAAUGAUUCUACAAAACAGUGAAGCCAUGGUUUCUAUUGACAUGCCUGCGGGCCCAUCAGAAGUUCUAGUCAUUGCUGACAAAUAUGCCAAACCUGCUCAUAUUGCUGCAGAUCUACUCUCUCAGGCAGAACAUGGCCCCGAUAGUCAGGUAGUUCUUGUUAUUGCUGGAGACGGUGUGGAUCUCAGUGCUAUCGAGUCUGAAAUUAGCAAGCAAUGUGCAAGUCUUCCAAGAGGAGAGUAUGCUUCCAAAGCACUUAGCCACAGUUUCAUAGUAUUUGCCCAAGAUAUGUUUGAGGUCGGCUAUCUUUUCUCAAACUUGUAUGCUCCCGAGCAUCUGAUAAUCAACGUCAAGGAAGCAGAGAGGUGGGAAAGUCUCAUCGAGAAUGCAGGUUCCGUGUUCUUAGGCCAAUGGAGCCCGGAAAGUGUGGGCGACUAUGCUAGUGGAACAAACCAUGUUCUUCCUACAUAUGGCUAUGCGAGGAUGUACAGUGGAGUUUCACUAGACUCUUUCUUGAAGUACAUCACGGUACAAUCUUUAACCGAAGAAGGUUUGAGAACAUUAGGUCCAUAUGUAGCCAAGAUGGCUGAAGUAGAAGGGCUCGAGGCUCACAAAAGAGCAGUCACUCUCAGGCUGCAAGACAUCGAAGCUGCCCUCCCCAUUAGCUAAAUUUUACUAAAUAUGUUUUUUUUUUCCGAUCGUUUCAUGCCCGAACAUUUGUAUCGGUUUGCAAUUUUGUAUUGCGAUCUUGUUGUCAUUGUUGAAAAUUAAGACUUAAAAUUAUCGUUGAACCUUUGUUGUUAAGUUGUGGUUGUGUAAUUGUUGCUGGCUGCAAGAAUCAUGAGAAUUUGCAGUAUUUAACUGGUCAAGGAAUGCAAGGAGAAAUGCAAGGAGAAAUGAUACAAUUUGGAAUA